AUGGCCGAAGAUCCUAAAUCCCCCUCCCCGGCGAAGCUUUCCCCCAAAACCGAAACGGACUCUCCACUUUCUCAAACGAACCUCCGAUCUCAUCACUUGCUAACUAUACCUGUCACUCAGAACUCCGAUGCUCAAGGCCAACUUCAUGCUGCCGUAGACGACUUGCUCAACGAACUUCAAAGCAAGUUCGAUAAUGUCUCCACUGAGAUGUUCAGCAAGCUGGACGACAUGACCAAGCGUCUCGAUGACCUAGAGGCCUCCUUAAUCGCAUCAUCAAGCGCUGCACCGCCAACUCCGUCAAAAUAA